AUGUCGACCCUCACUGUUCCUCAUCCUAUUCCUCCUGUCUCCGAUGACGUUGAGCAGCUCCGCAAAGCCUUUUCAGGUUGGGGGACCAAUGAAGAUUUGAUUAUAUCGAUUUUGGGACAUAGGAAUGCUAGUCAGAGGAAGGUUAUCAGAGAAACUUAUGCUCAGACUUAUGAAGAAGAUCUCCUUAAGGCCUUGGACAAAGAGCUUACCAGUGAUUUUGAGAGGCUGGUUCAUCUUUGGGUGCUUGAAUCCGCGGAACGUGAUGCUUUUCUUGCAAACGAAGCAACGAAAAAAUGGACAUCAAGCAAUCAAGUUCUGGUGGAAAUUGCUUGCACUAGGUCUUCUGAUCAAUUGUUUUCUGCAAAGAAGGCUUAUCAUGUCCUUUAUAAGAAGUCUCUUGAGGAAGAUGUUGCUCAUCACACAACUGGAGACUACCGUAAGCUCCUAUUACCUCUGGUUAGUUCUCACCGCUAUGAAGGAGAUGAAGUCAACUUGACUAUAGCAAAAGCCGAGGCAAAGAUUCUUCACGAAAAGAUUUCGAAAAAGGCUUAUAACGACGACGAUCUCAUUAGAAUUCUGGCAACAAGGAGCAAAGCACAAGUUAAUGCUACUUUGAAUCACUACAAAGAUGCAUUUGGAAAAGAUAUCAACAAGGAUCUGAAAGAAGAUCCAAAAGACGAGUUUCUGUCAUUACUGAGAUCAACUGUCAAGUGCUUGACUCGUCCCGAGAAGUACUUUGCAAAGAUAAUUCGUCUAUCGAUCAAUAAGCGAGGAACCGAUGAAGGGGCUCUUACAAGAGUUGUGGCAACAAGAGCUGAGAUUGACUUGAAAAUUGUGGCUGAUGAGUAUCAAAGGAGGGACAGUGUUCCUCUUGAUCGUGCUAUUGUUAAGGACACAACUGGUGACUAUGAGAAAAUGCUUUUGGCAAUCUUAGGACAUGGUGAUGCUUGA